AUGCCUUCGGUGUCCCGGGAAAAUGCGCGCGUCUGGUUCCUAUUCGUCAUCCUGUUCAUGACCCUCAUGUCCCGGAAUGACGCCCCGGGUUUGAUCACAGGUCCCUUCUUCGGCGGGUCCCGCGUCGGCCCCCUAAGAGAUGCCCACGGCAUAUUAAACAGCACCAAAUGGGGCGACUUCUCACCCGGCAAAGCAAAGGAUGGCGCCCCUCCGUGGCAGGCACCACGCUACCUCAACCUGACGGGCUUCCGCCAGGCCGAUGGGUACGCCUGGGACGAUCUCGCCUACUUCAAGGACCGCUGCCACCAGUGGAGCCGGCACGCCUAUCCGCCGCCGAAGGGGGCCGGGGAUUGGGAGCACGGCACGGUCAGCAAGACGUGGCAGAAUGCCACCGGCACCGUCCACGGCAAGUGGGUGCGUCGCCCGGGCUCCGUCGUGAAGCACGCAGGGAGCUACAACCUGAGCGCGAUCGCUCCGGGGGUACACUGGCUGGAUGAUCAUGCCGAAUGGGGCUGGAACGUCACGGGUUCGCACGGGAGCAUUUUGAUGCGGCUGUCAGAGGAUGCCGGUGACACCGUGUACGAGGAAGAGGCGGCCGAGGGCACGAAGCCGUCGUCAGGAGGGCUAGCGAGGGAGAUCUCAGCCGUGGCUAAUAUCCAGGACGAGGCACACUUGGCAUCCAGCUUCGCGAUCCGGCUCCACGGCGUGCACUGGCCGAGGCAAGGCUCGAUUCUCAUGACCACGACGAGCGAGAAAUUCGCGGGCCUGUUCGGCCUGCCUCAUCUCGUUCCCAGUUCGGAGUUCUUCGAGACGGGCCAGAAGCUUCUGAACCAAACCUUGGGCGAGGUUCUCAGCAAGAAGGAGCGAAGCAGGUUUUCGGAUGCAAGCAACCCCUGGACGCCUGUGGUUGAAGAACAGCUAUCCAUGCCGCUGCCGCGCUGCGAGUACGUCAUGUACCUGCAGCUACACCAGCUAGAUCCAUUCUACAUUGGCGAGGACGGACUUGACAACCAGUUGGAUUCAGUGAUCGACCAGUUGGAGAAUGAGCUCCGGUUCCCCACCGGGGCGCCCUCGAGAGGGAAGCCGGAUCUCCACAUGUCGCUCGUCGCCUGGUCUCCUGACUGCGGCUACUACCUCGAGUCCAAGGGACCGCCGCUGUUCCCCUCGGUCGAGGGGCACCAUCUCGUUGGCGUCAAAACGGAGGUCCUGCUCUCACGGACGAAGUCGUGGAUGUUUGGGUUCGCUGCCGUCUUGAUGGCUCAGCUGUGGCUUCUGAAGACCCAGAUGAAGGAGUCUAACACACCCUCUACGCUCGGGCGUAUCAGCUUCCACACAGCAGGCAUGAUGCUCCUCGCGGACGGGCUGGACGUGCUGGGCCCGCGGUUUGGCUUGCCCGCCCGCUGGAUGCCCGACGUGUGGGAGUAUCACCCGGUGCUGCGCGAGGGCGACGUCGAGGCGGGCGGGCUGCCGAUCGGCCUGGUCUCGUCGCUGUCGGGCGUGCUGGAGGAGGGGGAGGCGUCGCCUGUGGGUAGGAGGAGGAGUUGGUCGGCGGGGUCUGCUGAUAGAGAAGAUGGGGGGAGGAGGAGGGAGCGGGAGAAGGAGCUGCAGAGGCAUGGCAUGGUGGUGAGGGAGAUUGAUUGCGCGAUUUGUACCGAGGUGCUGGAGGUGCCGGUUGUGAGGGCCAAUGCGAAGGAUCCGGCCGCCGCGGGGGGACUGGUUGGGGUUUUGGCGAGGCGUGCAUACAUGCAGCCGCGUCCGAAGGAAUUCCCCCCCGACUAUGAUCUGGCGACAUGCUCACAUCGGCACGAGAUACUGGCCGUAGCGCCCGUGGCCGAUGAAGCGGAUCCUGUUCCCGUCGCGCUGUGCCACUGGAAGCCACCGACCGUCUCACACGUGGAGGCCACGGUCGUCUUGCCGCCGCGCCUCCUCUCAAUCAUCAAAGGCUUCACAUCCUUGGGCACGUUCGACGUGCUAGACGAUCUCGACAUCGCCGUGAGGCUUUCCGAACUCCUAGCGGCCUUGCCUGAGGAUUCGGGGCUGGCGGCCGGGCCAGAGCCGACGUCGCAACUGCUUGCGAGCCUGAUGGGCCGGCUCGAGGUACCUGACCAAGAAUCUUCUUCUUUACGGUUCUUCUCUUUUCCUCUGUUCAACGACGACCCAGACAAAGUCCUUGGCAAUGGCCUCUCCCCAGCCUGGAAGUGGGUCAAGCCUGAGAGCAUCUACCGCAAGACGGGUUUCUGGGAGGCCGGACUCUACGAGGUUCUGGAUAGUGGGGAAUGGAAUGCUGGCAGAAACCUGACGUUGUUGACGAAAGGGGUGCCGGAGGAGACACUUAAGGACAUAGAAGGCGGAGACCAGAAGUCCACCAGACUAGCUGUCUUCCUGAAGGGCUCAAAGGGCUAG